CCAUCCCAAAAUAAAAAGGGCAAGGGAUGCAGCUCAGUGCAUGAGAGCCCCUGGAAACUACUUGCUGUCUCUGAAUCUGGGUUCAUAGACUGCAGAGCUUGGACAAAGGCACAUUCUAGGCUCCCAUGAGCAGACAGUGACUCCUGCAGUGGCCCUUUUGCCAACAUCUGGAAAGGCAGGAAUGGCCACCCAGUAGAGAAGGCCGAAGCUUGAAGAUAAACCACUUGGCUGAGUUGCCAGAGGAACGCGCCCACCCUUGAUACUGCUGGACAUGGGCCUCCUGGGCCACCACUGGGAGGUUCCUCCUCACAUACCCUGCCCCACCCAAAGAAGGAUUCUGAAUUCCAUCUCCAUGGAAGCCUCCUUCCUCUGCUGGCUCUGAUGAGGCAAGUUGUCAUCUUGUACAGGCAAGACCUGUACAGGAGCCCAAAAGAAACUGCAUUGUGUGAUGACCACAGGUGAACUUGGCAGCAGAGCCAUCCCCAGCUGAGGCUUCACGUGAGACUGCAGCACUGACCACCCUGGCUGCAGCCUUGGGAGGGAUUGUGGACCGAGGACCCUGCUCAGCCACACCUGCAUUCCUGACCACACAUGGUGCCUUGCUCACUGCUUCGGGACACGCACACCAUGGCCCGUGGACAUCCCAAGGCCCCUGGGAUACCGGCCAAGGUGCCCAUCAUAAGCUGGAGUGGGAGCCCAGACAGGAUGAAGGAUCCUGAGGCUCCUGUGCUGUCCCAUCUCGUGCUCAGACCUCGUUAGACCUCACACACCCAGAAACUUGUCAAAUCCCCACGCCCCUGAGGAACGAACUGGCCUUUAUGCGGCGGUGGCAGAAGGGGACACUGAGGCACGCGUGUCCCGGCGCUCGAGGCUCUGCGGCUCCCGCUCCCGCUCCGGCUCCCGCGGUCCCGCAGCUCCGCAACCCGCCUCGCAGUGAGACGCGUCCGCGCGGCCGCAGCAUGAGCCGCCCCGCCGACAGCCCGAUUUUUACGCCCGGAGAGGACUGUGGCGCUGCGUGGCGCGCGGCGCCGGCGACCUACGACCCAGCGGACACGCACCUGCGCAUCCUGGGCAAGCCGGUGAUGGAGCGCUGGGAGACCCCCUACAUGCACGCGCUGGCGGCCGCCGCCGCCUCCAGAGGAGGCCGGGUCCUGGAGGUGGGCUUCGGUAUGGCCAUCGCAGCCUCAAAGGUGCAGGAGGCCCCCAUCGACGAGCACUGGAUCAUCGAGUGCAAUGAUGGCGUCUUCCAGCGACUCCUGGACUGGGCCCAGCGGCAGCCACACAAGGUUGUCCCCUUGAAAGGCCUGUGGGAAGAGGUGGCGCCCACACUGCCAGACAGUCACUUUGACGGGAUCCUGUAUGACACGUACCCGCUGUCGGAGGAGACCUGGCACACACACCAGUUCAGCUUCAUCAGGGUAGGGAGCGGGACCCCGCACUGUGGGCCCUGCAGGGUGCCUGGUUCCCCCCAUUCCUGCCUGCUGGGCGUGGCAGGUGUGGGGAGCCCCUGUCCAAACCCACCUCCUCCUCAGAACCACGCCUUCCGCCUGCUGAAGCCUGGAGGAGUCCUCACCUACUGCAACCUGACCUCCUGGGGGGAGCUGAUGAAGUCCCAGUACUCAGACAUCACCACCAUGUUUCAGGAGACGCAGCUGCCGGCGCUGCUGGAGGCAGGCUUCCGCAGGGAGGAGAUCCGGACGGAGGUGAUGGCGCUGGUCCCGCCGGCCGACUGUCGCUACUACACCUUCCCGCAGAUGAUCACGCCCCUGGUCACCAAGCACUGAGCCCCGCCUGUCUCCAGCUCAGUGCCCCACUCAGUGCCUUUGUGAGCCACAGACCCCGCCUGCUAGGCCUCUGCACCCCACUUGGUGCCUCUGCUGGGCCUGAACUAGCUGUGGCCACAGCUUUCCUGACCCUGGCCAGGAAGCCUGCUGCCUGGCUCCAGGCCUGAGGGUGAAAUAAAGGUGGCUACUGGGCCUGGC